CGUUUUCACACCAGACCAAGAGGACUCGGUUCGAUUGGGGGGCUCAAAAUUGUAACAUUGUUGCGUUUAUCACUAGUUUCGGUUCUGCAUUCAGACUCCGAUUUUCGGAAGCGAACCGAACUUUAUGAACAACGUCACGUGGUUGAAAGGGACACUCCUCGAUUGGACAAAAAGGGAGGGAAAUCCCUCCCUUCCCCCGGACCCGGAAAAACAACAAACGGCAAACAUGGAGCGGGAUCAACGUUUAGCUGUUUUGGGCUUUAUGCUUUUACUCAUGUUCAUUUACCACAUGAACGCGGCUCGGCAAACCAUUCUGCACCGCCAGGUUUGGCAGCAAGCAAGAGACAACUUCACUCUCAUAAGGAGAAACAUAAAAGAAAGACGCCACCGGAGGAAAACGCGAAUGGCUAACUACGAGAUGUUGCUAACUUUGCACAGACAGCGAGCAAGGAGCAUGUGGGUCAAUCCACGUCCCUGCAGUUGGUGGCAACACAUAAACACAAACUGGAGUGACACAGACUGGCAGCGCAACUUCAGGAUGAAGUUUGAAACUUUUCAGCACCUGUGUAACAUCCUGCGGCCCAGCUUGACCCGGCAGAGUACGAGAUACAGAGAGCCUGUCCCAGUGGAGCUACGGGUGGCAAUUUGUCUGUGGCGGUUGGCCACAAAUUUAGAGUACAGGUCGAUCUCACAUUUGUUUGGUGUUGGCAUAUCCACGGCCUGUCAAAUCACACAAGAAGUUGUGACAUCCUUAAACCGACAAAUGAGAGACCAAUACAUCAAGACCCCAUCUGAGAUGGAGCUGAAGGCGAUUGUCAUGGGCUACCGGGACAAAUGGAGGUUCCCACAGGUUGCGGGAGCAAUUGAUGGGACCCACAUAGGCAUCCUGGCACCAGCAGAUCAUCCUGCUGAUUACUACAACAGGAAAGGGUUCUACUCAGUCCUGUUGCAGGCUGUAGUGGACCACAAAAUGAAAUUCUGGGACAUUAAUGUUGGCUGGCCAGGAAAGGUCCAUGAUGCGAGAGUUUUUGCAAACUCCUCAUUAUUUUAUCGGGGUCAGGAUGGCACUUUGUUUCCAGAGUGGACUGAACAAUUUGAUGGUGUGGAUGUGCCCCUGCUCAUUCUUGGUGAUGCAGCUUACCCACUUCUGCCUUGGCUGCUGAAGCCCUUUCCAGAAGGGAGAGGCCUAACACAAGCUCAGACACACUUUAACCAUCGACUCAGUCAGGCGAGAAUGACAGUGGAGAGAGCCUUUGGCCGGCUAAAAGGGAGAUGGAGAUGUCUCCUGAAAAGAUGUGAUGCACACAUUUCCCUCAUGAGCCACAUCAUCACAGCCUGCUGUAUUUUACACAACUACUGUGAAGUACACAACGAGCAAUGGGAAGAUGAGGAUGCAGAAGUUGGUGGACAGGCUGAUGAGGCAGAUAAUCCCCAUCAGGCCCAACAUGCUCGCCACAUCAGAGAUGCACUAUGUGCCUAUUUUUCACACUGACAAGCUUUGUUGUUGCUUUCUGUUGUUCAGAUUACUGAUGUUCUGCUCAUUACUUGAGAUUUUCUAUAUACAUAGUUGUAAUGAGGGAGAGCUUUUCUGUGCCUCACAAAUAACAGGUUCUCUGAUACACUGUGUGGUAAAAUUGUACAGCUAAUGUGCUCUACACAAUUUUUUG